AUGCGCUACGCGUUCCGCCAAGUGAAGAAGAAGGAACAGAGGGAGCAGCUCAACCGCAACGCCGAAGAGGGCAUCCAGCGACGGCCGUGCGUGGUCAUCGGGCAUCAAGGCGAGAACACCUGGGUCUCGCUGGGAGGGCGCACCAUGCGUGUGGCCCCAGUGCACAUCAAGGCGCUCGCUCGGGACGACGUCUGGUUCCCGAACGGCAAGGGCGAAAUCGGCCAGGCGGUGGCCGAGCUCAACGAGGCUCGCGUCUCACUCGAGCAGGAGGAGGCGCCCGUGGAGGAUAUCCGCCCGGAGCCAGGCGAGCCCAAGACCAAGCCAGACGAAAUGAAACAAGCUUGGCGGGAAUUCAUUGACAAGCCCAAUGACGACGACCUCAGGCUGGACUUUCAAGAGGACCCGCAGCCGGAGCAGUCGGUAGAGGAUCAGCCCACCGAGCCACCGCCAACAGACAUGGACGAGCAACGCUACGGCGCAGCCGAGUCUCGACGUCGGCGAGCAGCCGUUGACGGGGCCGACAGCUGUGAUUUCGGCCCGGCUUUUAAUCGCCUGCAGACCUCGAGGGAACAGGCGAGCUCAGCCGCCGCAUCACCGAGGGCAGCCUCGAGUGACCCAGAGGCGGCGCCCAGCGGCAGCGAGCCCGCCGAGCCCAAAUCAGAAGGGGCUCGACAGAGCUCACGGUCGGCUCCUAAAGUGGCGAUGCAGACGUCCAUCGACGCUGAUAGGAUCAAGCGCAAGCAGGCCGAAAAGGAGACCCACUGGGGGGCCAUCAAGGAGUCCGAGGCAGCCCGAGGCAAAGUCAAGGCCAACCUUUCCUUGCCUGGCCGGUUCGUCUACCUGGGCAAAACCGCGCCGCUCCGGACCGACAAGCACCCGCUGCCGGUUCGGUUCGGCCUGGAGAUCUACGCGGCGGAAGUGGAAGCUGCUUUCAUGCAAGGCGACGAGCAGCCCGACCAGGAGCUGUUCAUGGCUCAGCCCCGCGAGGGCCUACCUGGGCUACGCCCGAAGCAGAUGAUCAAUCUGAUCAAGAGACUCAAGCGGACUUCGCUCGUGGCGGAGGAGAAGAUAAGGUACAACAUCAUGUUCAGCCUACGCCAGCACUCGCUGGAUCCAGUGCCGCACCACGGUUACGACAAGCACGGGGAACUGCGCGCGGUGGUGGUCGUCCAAGUGGACGACCUGCUGCUGGGCAUCUCGCCAAGUACCCUACUUUGUACGACAGUCUCUGCAAGCUUUUGCCGUGGGCGACUGGAGAGGUUUGCGUUCACAUUCUGUGGCAAACAAGCAUGGCGCGACGAAGAGGGCGUGAUACACCUACGACAGACCGAAUACGCGAACAUCUGCGAGGGGAUCGCUCUCAACAAGGAGCGCAAGAUGGAGCUGAAAGCGGAGGCGACGCCGACCGAGUUCUCGGAAAGCCGCUCCGAGCUUG